AUGUUCCCUGACAAGAAACGAGCGUCGCUUGAACUCCACGAUAGCCGCAGCACAAGCCGUGAUCACUUGCCUGAAGCCGUCUCGACCUCGUCGCGCCCACCUAGACGCAUUUACGUGCGCCCAGGGAUGACAUCGACAAAUAAUCAUCAUUAUGCACCCAUUAGACAGCCUUCUCCACCCGCCACAGCCUACUUUUCAGGCUUCUCGAGCGACCCAAAUGCUCCAGGUCAUCCACCAGAACCGACUCCGCAUGCGGAUGCGCAAGCCCACUUUGCAUACUCUACAACACUCAGGAGACAUCAUGUAGAUUCCACUGGUCAUGCUGCGACACCCAUCCAUCCAGACUUUCUAGCCGAUGGAUUUACAAAUUUACUCAACCGCGCUCAGCGCGCGUGGGAUGAAUGGAGGGGAGAAAGCAGAGAAGGACUCAUGGAAAAUGGUUGGACAGAGGCUGGACAAAAGGAGUCUGAACCACCAAAGGAAGGCAAGUCGGCUCAAUUUGCCUCUUGGUCAAUAGAGGACACUGUCGCGCACUUUCAAACCUCUGCUCAGCACGGCCUACCGCCUGCUGCUGUCCACUCGUUGCGGGAAGAGUUCGGAUACAACGAAUUUGCUGUCGAUGCUCCAGAGUCACUCGUUAUCAAAUUUGUUAAAACCAUCUACGAGUCGCCACUCAAUCUCCUCUUGUUGGGGAGCGCGCUCGUCAGCGCCAUCAUGGGCAACAUUGACGACGCCGUCUCGAUUACCGUCGCUAUCCUCAUCGUACUCACUGUCGGCUUUGUUCAAGAACAGCGGUCGGAGAAAUCCCUCGAAGCUCUGAAUAAACUCGUCCCACACCAUUGCCACUUGAUCCGAGACGGAAGACAAAAUCAUACGCUCGCCAAUGAACUCCUUCCCGGUGACUUGGUGACAUUUGGUGUAGGAGAUCGUAUCCCGGCAGACCUACGGAUCAUCCAAGCCACAGCGUUGGAGAUUGACGAAAGUAGCCUGACAGGAGAAACUGUGCCAUCGUCCAAGACGUCAAAUCCCUGUCCACCAGGUGUUGUUCCCUUGGCCGAACGAAACUCCAUCGCGUUUAUGGGUACACUCGUCCGCAAUGGUCGUGGUUCGGGUAUCGUCAUCGCCACAGGGACUCAGACUGAAUUUGGUGUCAUCUUUUCCAUGAUGCAGGACGUAGAGGAGAAGAAGACUCCUCUUCAAUUGUCCAUGGACGAACUUGCUCAGAAGCUGAGCUUCAUCUCCUUUGGGAUCAUCGGAGUCAUUUGUCUCAUAGGAGUGAUUCAGAGUCGUGGUUGGCUUGAGAUGUUCACCAUAGGUGUCUCCUUGGCUGUAGCCGCUAUCCCAGAAGGUUUACCCAUUGUGACUACCGUUACUCUCGCCCUGGGAGUACUUCGAAUGUCCAGGAAAAAAGCGAUUGUCAAGAAAUUACCCAGCGUCGAGGCGUUGGGUUGUGUGAGCGUGAUCUGCUCCGACAAGACGGGAACUCUCACAAAGAAUGAGCUCACUGUCACUGAGCUGUACACCGUUGAUGAGCUCAAGCAGCUCCAAGUUGGUCUGAAUCAUCACGGUAGAAUAUCCGAGGCUCUCAGGCGGACGAUCACAAUUGGAAAUAUUUGUAACAACGCCUUCAAGAAUAACGAAAAUGUCACCGUGGGUCAGUCCACAGACGUAGCUCUCUUGGAAGUUGUGUCGACCUUUGGAUUGACCGACGCCAGACCCACGUUUAACCGCGCAGUCGAACUUCCGUUCAAUUCGGAGAACAAGUACAUGGCCAUCUCUGGCACUCACGAGGGUGAAACUCGAUCAGUCGUAUAUUUCAAGGGCGCGAUCGAAGCCAUCCUCGACAGAUGUCGGUUCUAUUUCAUUUCUGACGAAUCGACGCCCGGUAUGGACAACGCGACGCGGGCGAAUAUUGUCGCACGUGCCACGGCAUCAGCAUCUCGAGGUCUUCGUGUCAUCGCAAUGGCAUAUGCACAUGGAACUCUCAACGCCGAAAAUCCAGCCAUCUCCACAGCGUCCAUGAACAACCUCGUCUUUGUGGGCUUCCAGGCUAUGCACGAUCCACCGCGCCCGGGCGUGUCCGAAGCGAUCAACCAGCUUCACCUCGGUGGUGUCAAGGUCAUCAUGAUUACGGGUGAUGCGGAGAGCACGGCACUGUCAAUCGCAAAGGAACUUGGGCUCAAGGUUCAUCCGUCCGGCAAGGGAAGUUGCUUGACGGGCAAGGAUUUGGAUGGGAUGAAUGCUGGAGAUGUGGCUCGAAGGAUAUCCUCUGGAGUCUGUGUAUUUGCAAGGACGACACCACGGCACAAGAUGCUCAUCGUCGAGGCAUUACAAGGAAAAGGCGAAGUGGUUGGCAUGACAGGUGACGGAGUAAAUGAUGCGCCCGCAUUAAAGAUGGCGGAUAUUGGUAUUUCCAUGGGCAAGAGCGGCACAGAUGUCGCGAAGGAAGCGGCGGAUGUUAUUCUAGUCGACGACAACUUUGCGACCAUUCUCAAGGCGGUUGAAGAGGGCAAAUCAAUCUUCCACAACAUUCAAAACUUCAUCUCCUUCCAGCUCAGUACCGCCGUGGCAGCUCUCACCUUAAUCACACUCAGUACCGUCUUCAAGCUCAGCAAUCCACUCAAUGCAAUGCAAAUCUUAUUUAUUAAUAUACUUAUGGACGGACCCCCCAGUCAAUCGCUCGGUGUUGAUCCCGCGGACCCGUCAGUGAUGCGAAAGCCGCCGAGGAGCAAAGAUGCGUCGAUUCUGAGUCAAAGGAUAUACGGACGCGUCUUGUUCUCGGCAUCUAUGAUCGUGCUGGGCACAUUGUUCGUCUACCUCCACGAACUCAGUGACGGAAGCAUGUCCGGAAGGGACCAAACGAUGACCUUUACUAGCUUCGUCUUCCUUGAUCUCGUUUCGGCACUCCAGAACCGUGGGCUCGGCUGUGGUAUCUUCCAGAACCGAAUGCUCCUCAUCACUGUCACAACCUCAUUCGUGGUGCAACUGACGCUGAUAUACGUGCCGUUUAUGCAAACUGUGUUCCAGACAGAGGCGCUUCGAGCCCGAGACUUGUCUACGCUCCUAGUUCUGGCAGCUAUAUCGUUUACGCUGCAUGAGAUGCGACGUAGAUGGGAGCGCAAGGUCUACGGUUCGACGGCGGGGGUUUACGAGAUCCUCGUCGUCAACCCAAACUCGAGUCAAUCGAUCACGGACAACGUAAAGUCGUUAUUCGGGCCAGAUGAGGGAGGACUAGAGUUUAUGACUGGGCCUUCUUCGAGUCCCAAGACGAUCGACGACGAGGAAGAUGCGAUGAAAAGUGCUGUGGCGUGCAUGCCAGAGAUCAUCGACCGCAUGAACAAGCCAGAGCCACCGUCAGGAGUGCUGGUAGCAUGCUAUUCGGACCACCCUCUUGCGCAGAUGCUGCAAAAAGAGAUUGAUCGACCAGACUUUCACGUCUUGGGGAUCCUGGAUGCGUCGGUGAUUAGCGCCGUGAAGCACAUCAAGCCUGGAGAAAAGUUUGGCAUAGUCACGACUGGAAAGCAAUGGGAACCACUCUUGACGGACGGUGCGCUCCGGGUGCUCGACGAAAUUGAUGGCGAGGCAGAACCAGACUGUCUCGCUGGUGUCGUCGGUACUGGGUUAGGAGUAUUAGAGUGCCACGAUGAAUCAAAGGACCCCAAAACGUUAAUGGCUGAAGCUGCAAAGGAGCUCGUAGCCAAAGGGGCAAAGGCGAUUUGCCUUGGUUGUGCUGGGAUGAGCGGUCUGGAUGUGAUCGUUAGUGAAGCGGUCAACGAGAAAGACAUGCCUGAAAAGGUCGUGGUGAUUGAUGGAGUAAAAGCAGGCGUCGAGAUCCUCCGUGCUCGUCUGUCGCACUCAUAG